AUGGUUGCUGAUCCUACUAAAGAGCCGUCGCCGUUGCUGUCAUCUGCUCCGAAAUCACCUACCGAUCAAUUAAGCUUUUUGCUGCCGCAACCGACUAUGGAUCCUCGUGCAGGGACUAGUUAUCAGUCCAAAUUGCUAAGUGAAGAAGAUAUGCUGAACGAAGACGACGAGGAUAGCGUGGACAGCGAGGAAGAAGAGGAGCAGGAGAAGCAGGAGAAGCAACAACAAGAAGUAGGUGGAACAUCUUCUGGCAUAAAUGUCCAGGUACAUAGUUAUGAUGCACUAAAGGGAAAUGACAGCCCUUCCCAUGUCAAUGAUGAUGACAACGAUGAUGAGAUGCAAGUUCAAGGAUACAAUCCUGUCACUGCGACACACACACUAAGUCGUCGCAUAACUAAAUCAGAUGCUGAAUCGCUAGUUGGUGGUGACUCAAUCAAGAGUGUCCACGACGAAUAUGAAGCAGACAAGAAUUCUAGUCAUCCAACUGCCGAUCCUGACCAACCAACUGAAAAGCAACAUGUCAAAAUUGGCGAUCAUACCUUCACAGAUAACAAAAUGAAACAAUACAACCCUCAUCAAAAAGUAUUUUCAUUUGCAUUACCGUUUGGUGGUGGCUUCUCCACCCUUCGUGAAAACUUGACGCGUCAUUUAAGUCUGUUGAAGAAAAUCGAUGUUCCCUUUGUUGGACACGAUGAAGAACACAAGAUUGAUGAAGAACUACAACGUAAAGUUGAAUUGAGAUUGCAACGACAACAAUCAAUAAGCACCCUUGACGAAGAAAACUAUUUCAAAGGGUUUAAGGGAACUGAUAGUGGGAGAUCCGAAGCCAUUAAACAUACAAUUACAUCCAACUUGACCGACCUAAUACCCCAUAAAAAUAAAAAGGAAUUGGCUGAUUACGAAACCAUUUAUGAUCGAAUCGACGGUAAUAUUGUUAUAAUGGGAGGAUACAGAGGUUCAAUUCUCCGCGAUUCCAAGACCCAUAAACGAGUAUGGAUCCCUUUAAAAGCAGGGUUCAAUCUACGCAAAAUCAACCUUUUAUUGGGACCCAAUAAACUGGAUGAAUUAAAUGCUGAAGAUAAGAUUUAUCCUGAUGGAAUACUAUCGCAUGUGGGCCCCAUUGAUAUAUGUCGUAAGUUAAUUAAAAAGUUAGAUGCUAAUCCUAAAGUAAACAUCCAAGAAUUUGGUUAUGACUGGAGAUUAAGUGGUGAUUAUGUAUCACAUAAAUUGGAACAGUUUUUAACGCAAAUUUAUCAAGAGACCGGCAAACCGACCUUGGUCAUUGCCCAUUCAAUGGGUGGGUUGAUGGUACACGGGGCACUACAACGAAAUCCCUCAUUAUUUCGCUCGAUUGUAUAUGUCGGUUCACCCAGUGAAUGUUUAAACAUUCUUGGCCCCAUACGAUUUGGCGAUUCAGUAUUGCUUUCGGAUAAAAUCCUCACUUUUGAAACCAAUUUUAUGAUGCGAUCUAGCUAUGUGUUUUUGCCUCUAAGUGGUGAAACUUUUUAUAAUUACAAGACCAAAGAAAAGUACAAGAUUGAUUUCUUCAAUCCUGAUAAUUGGGUUGAAUACAAUUUGAACCCGUUGGUUGCAAAACAGAGGAAAAUUGAAGCUGAAAAUAAAGAUAAAGAUAGAAAGUUGCAAGAUCUGGAUCGGACUGGAACGGCAUCGAGUAUGUCAAGUAUCAAAUCGACCAGGUCGCCAUCGCCACCAUCUUCACUAACUUCAUCAUCGACUUUCCCCAGUAUCAAUCUGAUUAGUUCGAAAUUUUCCAAAAUGUACCGAUCGACAUCAUUGAAGAAGAACAAAAGUGGAAAUGGAGGUGCAGCUGCUUCUUCGGACACUUUUUUCCCACAUUCUUCUUCUUCCGCUGUGUCCUCAACUUCUCCACCAACAAGAAGCUCGACAAACAGCGACAUCACCGCUUCAGAACCACAACCGCCAGCAGCAACAGCUGCAAUACCAGGUGUCGACUCCACCGGCACUCAAUCAACCCCGCACCCCAAUCAUUAUUCAUUUACAUUCGCCGAAUCUUACCGCUACUUAUCUGAGACCCUCAAAUCAACCAAAAAAUACAUUUUGUCAUUAGAACAUGACCCCAAAUUAGCUGCCGAGUACCCACCAUUGGCCAUAGUUUACGGCAACAAGAUUCCCUCAGUACGAGGAUCCUUGGUUCGUCUGAGACAAGAUAUCAAAGAUGGAAACUAUUAUGAAUUCUUUUACGGGCAUGGUGAUGGUGUCAUUCAUCAAAAAUGGUUGAUGCCCGAGAAAAAGGGUUUCACUUAUUACGAUAAACAUAGUGGCACGGGUGAAAUUGUCGGCAAAUUUGCUAGUGAUGCGGCUCAUGUGGGAUUAAUGACUGAUUUUGAUGCCAUGGGUAAAGCAUUGAAUAGCGUGUUUGAAGCAGAAAAGUUUUGGGAAAAGAAGAAACUAGCACAACGGAGGAAAAUGAGGCAAGAACAGCAAUUAGAAUAA